ACGCUCGACAGAACCUUUCGAAUCCCUACGUGCCUGAGAGUGGCUCUUCUCGUUGCGCCCCAGGACCUGGCACUGCCUGCCGUUCAACAACUAAGGCGGCAGGCCUGUAUGGUCUCGAACCACCGAAACCUAGGAGAGCUCCGCGAAGCACCCUUAUGCUAAAUAGCGUCCGGUACUGUCCAGCUACUCCGAAUCCCCUCCCCCACCACGCCGACCCGUCCCGCCUUCUAACCUCGCGCUGCUCGCCUUCCGCGCCUGCGUCGAACGUCUCCGGUGCGCACGCCGGUGGCCCCGCCCCUCGCGUUGUACCACGCCCUCACAGGCUCCGCCUCUGCCGCCUGGAUCCCACCCCUCUAUCUGCAGGACCCUGAAACGUAAUGAUCCUACAACAGCCCCUGGAGCGAGGCCCCCCAAGUCGGGACCCACGGGCCACCACUGGGGUGGCUCGCGGCCUGGACGCCAGGGAGCCCUUGCACAAGCAGUUUCUUUCCGAGGAGAACAUGGCCACCCACUUCUCUCGACUCAGCCUACAUAAUGACCACCCCUACUGCAGUCCCCCUGUGACUUUCCCCCAGGUCCUGCCACCACUCAGGAGCUCUUGCCCAGAGCUGCUUCUCUGGCGCUAUCCUGGGAGCCUGAUCCCUGAGGCCCUCAGGCUACUGAGGCUGGGGGAUACUCCCAGUCCCUUCUACCCUGCAUCCCCAGCUGGGGACAUCAUGGAGCUCUAAGUGCUGACGGCCAGUGUCCCUCCCCACCUUGUUCCCAGACAACAAAGACCAGCAAUCCCCCCACACCCUCCCAGAAGGAAGAGGUCCUUCCCCCUGUAACAGGAUAGAUGAUACUGAACUGAACUCAGAGAAACCCUGAAUGGGAGGGGCAGCAGCUUGGGAAGGGGAAUGUGUUACCCUAUUAGUGAAUAAAGAUUUCUGAGCAGUU